AUGACAGACGAUAACCGUAUUUACCGUGAUCAAAAGAUGCUUUGGCAGAAUAAUGGAGAUGAAAUCAGCAGAAUUUACGCGAGCACAGGUGCUUUGGGCAGUGGUAGAUCUAAGCUUCGUGAUGCUCAGCGUAGUGCUGUCCGCACCAUUAAAAAUAACUUCCUGGAUAGCGCAAAACAGGAGGCUAUGAAAAAGCUGCUCUCGCAGUCAAGUCUUGAAGGAUGGAUGGGCAUUUCAGCAGCUCAGUUGCUUCCACGGCGCCUUCUCUACUUGCCACCUGCACUUCUAAUGGAAAUCUUAAAUCGCUAUCCGCAGUUUACUAGAAAAGAAAGUCUUCGAAUUUUCAUUGGCACCUGGAAUCUGAAUGGGGGCAAAUACUUUCGCAGUGUUACUCACAAAAACGAGUCUGUGACUGAUUGGCUUUUGGACCUGCCGGAUUCUGUCUCGCAUAACUGGGGUUAUCGAAACCCCUCAUUUGAUUUAGCCCACUUGAAGGAGCGCCGUAUUGAUCUUUUUGCGAUUGGAUUUGAGGAGAUUGUUGACCUCAAUGCAACUAAUGUUGUGUCAGUAGGAGGUUCGAAAGUCUCCUCGAGUCAGAGGGACUGGUCUCGUUUCCUUCAUUUAAAGCUUAAUCGGGACUCCCCGAUUGACGAUCCUUAUGUGCUGGUCUCCUCAGUUCAGCUUGUUGGCGUUUGUCUAUUUCUUUUCACUCGGAAAAAGCUAGCGUCUCAUCUUCAUGGCGUUGCUUCGGCCUCAGUGAAGACUGGGUUAGGCGGGACUGCUGGCAACAAAGGAGGUGUGGCGAUCUGCUGCCAAGUAAAUGCUUCUUCUAGAUUUUAUUAUCUUAACUUUUUGGAAAAUUAA